AACUUUUCAGUCAGCUGAUAUUGACAAUAGAUAAUCAGACAGUGACUUAAGUACCUGAUAUCUGGCAUUAGAGGUUUUAAUUUCAGUCAAAAACAAAUGUUGAAAAAUUUGAGACCUUUGACACCUAUUAGAUAAUUUACAAAAAUGAACAUACGAAGAAUCGUUUUGAGUCUCCCAAAAAUAAGUUUUAAAGAACAAACAAGAUAUAUUUCAUGUUGGUCUUGUGGAAAUAAUAUUAAUAACUUGGUUUCAAAUCUUUUCUGUUCAAAUUGCAAAGCUUUGCAAAGACCAGACGAACUAGAUAACUACUUUAAAGUUCUAGGCGUGAAGGAAUCGUAUGAUCUAGAUGAAACUGAGCUAUCAAAAAAGUAUAAAGAAUUACAAAAACAUUUACACCCUGAUAAAUAUGGUAACAGGGAUAAGGAAGAACAAGAAAUAUCAGCACAGUAUUCAUCCCUAGUCAAUGAUGCCUACAAGACCCUUCUAGAACCAUUGGCAAGAGGUAUUUACAUGUUAAAUUUAAGAGGAAAAGAUAUACCCGAAGAUACAGAAAUUGACCGAGAAUUCCUUAUGCAAAUAAUGGAAAAAAAUGAAGAAGUAGAAAAUGCAGACACUGAAGAGGAAAUAAUGAAACUAAACAAAGAAAUCAAAGAAGUUAUUAAAGAUCUUCAGAAACAGCUGUCGAAUGCAUUCUUUGACGGUGACUUGAAAAAAGUUAUGUAUUUAUUAAGUCGUAUGAAAUAUUACACAAGCAUCGAUAAUCAAAUACAGGCAGCUAUCCGAAGUAAAGGAAUUAUAAAAUAAAAAAUUUCUAUAAAUUGUUAAAA